GUUCCCUCAUAUAAGGCCAUACAAAGUAGCUCAUGUCCGCAAGACUUCCAAGGUUCCGCUCACCUAGGGUGAUUCAAUGAGAAAACCAUGAAAUUUCUUAGUAACGUGUUUGUCCUUAUCUUCUGCGUGGUUUCUGUGCAUGCUCAAGUGCGAAGACCGCACAUUUGCCAGCAACCACCCGAAACUGGCCUCUGCCGAGCACGUAUACCGUCCUGGUUUUAUAAUCCUCAAACGGGUUCUUGUGACGUAUUCAUCUAUGGCGGUUGCGGCGGGAACCAGAAUCGAUUCGACACCAAAGAAAUGUGCGAAGCGAGAUGUCAACCUCAAAGGCCAAGACCGACCAUUUGCCAGCAGCCGCGCGACCCUGGCCUCUGCCGAGCAUAUAUACCAUCCUGGUUUCAUAAUCCUCUAACGGGGUCCUGUGAAGUAUUCAUCUAUGGCGGUUGCGGCGGCAACCAGAAUCGAUUCGACACGCAACAAGAGUGCGAAGCGACAUGUCUACCCCAAAUGGGAAGACCGAAUGCGUGUCAGCAACUGCCGGAAACUGGCGUCUGCAGAGCACGAAUGCCAAGGUGGUUUUACGAUUUCCGAUCAAGGUCUUGCAAAAUUUUCAUCUAUGGAGGUUGCGGCGGGAACGAGAAUCAAUUCCCUACUGAAGAAGCGUGCCAGGCUACAUGCCUACCAACACAUAGGCGGAAAAUUGUCUGCAGCCAAGACCCAAACCCUCGACAGUGCUACUGGGGUUCCAGAUGGUAUUUUAAUUCUUCACUGGACACCUGCCAGCAACUUCCCCUCGGCCAAUGCUCAAGUACUGCUAACAGGUUUCCAACAUGUGUGCAGUGCAUGAGCAGGUGUACGAAAUUCAACGCAAGAGAGUCAUGCCGUGAAAUCCUUAGGGCCCUUCCUGGGCCCGGACAGCCGGAAUAAGCGUUUAAUUCAAGGCCAUCCUCCGGAUAAUGCUGAAACUAAUAUCGUCUGCCAGAAUUGAUGCUUCGCUGCAGAAUACUUACUAAAUCUACCAAAAGAUAUUUAGCAAUCAAUAGAAUAUAGCAGCAGUAGCAAUAAAAUUAUGAGGAAGUGAAUAAAAGACGUUCGUUUACUAU